CAAACAGCGUUGGUGGGGGGGAGGAAGGGGUCAAAGAUUGCCCCCAGCUGGCGACGUCCUAGGAUAAAGGGACACGGGACGCAGUGAGGCGGUGCAGAAGUGGGUCUGUCUGGGCUCCCCGCUCCUCGCCACACCGGGAGGAUGAGGCUCGCCGUGGGCACCCUGCUGGCCUGUGCCAUCCUGGGACUAUGCUUGGCUGUCCCUGACAAGACGGUAAAAUGGUGCGCCACGUCAGACCAUGAAGCCAGUAAGUGCGCCAGUCUCCGUGACAAUAUGAAAAAAGUCCUCCCAGCAGAUGGUGUCCAGGUCGGCUGUGUGAAGAAAGCCUCCUACCCUGACUGCAUCAAGGCCAUUGUGGCAGGCGAAGCUGAUGCCAUGACAGUCGACGCAGGCUGGGUGUAUGAGGCAGGCCUGACUCCCAACAACUUGAAGCCUGUGGCAGCAGAAUUCUAUGGGACAAAGGAGAAACCACAAACCUACUAUUUGGCUGUGGCUGUGGUGAAGAAAGGCACUGACUUCCAGCUGAACCAGCUCCAGGGCAAGAAAUCCUGCCACACCGGCCUUGGCAGGUCCGCGGGAUGGAACAUCCCCAUCGGCUUGCUUUACUGUGACCUGCCUGAACCACGCAAGCCUCUUGAGAAAGCGGUGGCCGGCUUCUUCUCGGGCAGCUGUGUCCCCUGUGCAGAUGCGAUGGCCUUCCCCCAACUGUGUCAACUGUGCCCAGGCUGUGGCUGCUCUUCCCAUCAGCCAUACUUCGGCUACUCCGGGGCCUUCAAGUGCCUGAAAGAUGGUGCUGGGGACGUGGCCUUCGUCAAGCACACAACCAUAUUUGAAAACCUGCCUCAGCAGGCUGACAGGGACCAGUAUGAGCUGCUCUGCCCCGACAACACCCGCAGGCCAGUGGAUGACUAUGAACGGUGCAACCUGGCCCGGGUCCCUUCUCACGCAGUUGUGGCUCGAAGUGCGGACGGCAAGGAGGACUUGAUCUGGGAGCUUCUCAGCCAGGCCCAGGAACAUUUUGGCAAAGACAAAUCGAAAGACUUCCAACUGUUCAGCUCUCCUCACGGGAAGGACCUGCUGUUUAAGGAUUCUGCUCUUGGGUUCUUUAGGGUCCCCUCUAGGAUGGACUACAGGCUGUACCUUGGCCAUAAUUAUGUCACUGCCGUUCGGAAUUUACGAGAAGGCGUAUGCCCAGAGAGCACUGGCGACUGCCCGUCAAUCAAGUGGUGCGCCCUGAGCCACCAUGAGAGGCUCAAGUGUGAUGAAUGGAGCGUGAACAGCGGAGGACAAAUAGAGUGUGAGUCGGCGGAGAGCCCGGAAGACUGCAUCGACAAGAUUGUGAACGGAGAAGCCGAUGCCAUGAGCUUGGAUGGAGGCUACGUGUACAUAGCGGGCAAGUGCGGCCUGGUGCCCGUGCUGGCCGAGAACUACCAAAGCACUGAUUGCAAGACACCAGAGAAAGGGUAUUACGCUGUGGCGGUGGUAAAGAAAUCAGACGCUACCAUUAACUGGAACAAUCUGAAAGGCAAGAAGUCCUGCCACACCUCGGUAGACAGAACGGCUGGCUGGAACAUCCCCAUGGGCCUGCUCUAUAGCAGAAUCAACCACUGCAAAUUUGAUGAAUUUUUCAGUCAAGGCUGUGCCCCUGGAUAUGAGAAAAAUUCCACUCUCUGUGACCUGUGCAUCGGCCCAAGCAAGUGUGCUCAGAACAACAAGGAGGGUUAUUACGGCUACACGGGAGCUUUCAGGUGCCUCGUUGAGAAGGGAGAUGUGGCCUUUGUGAAAGACCAGACUGUCCUGCAAAACACUGACGGAAAUAACGCUGAAGCAUGGGCUAGGGGUCUGAGGCAUGAAGACUUUGAGCUGCUGUGUCCUGAUGGCACCAGGAAGCCUGUGACCGAGGCUGCCACCUGCCACCUGGCACGAGCCCCGAAUCAUGCUGUGGUGGCACGAAAAGAAAAGUCAGCAUGUGUCCGCAAGGUGUUAUUCAACCAGCAGUCUCAGUUUGGAAGCCAAGUAUCUGACUGUUCCAACAAGUUCUGCUUGUUCCGGUCUGAUACCAAAGACCUUCUGUUCCGAGAUGACACCAAGUGCUUGGUCAAACUUCCAGAUGACAUCACCAGUGAGGCGUACUUAGGAAUGGAAUAUGUCAAUGCUGUUGGAAACAUGAAAAAAUGCUCAACCUCACGACUCCUGGAAGCCUGCACCUUCCACAGAGGUUGAAGUUAAAAUCCCAGAGGUGGGCUGCCACUGUGAUGGAGAUGGGUGCUCAGGUGGCCCACAGGCUUCCCUUGGCCAUGCUGGCUCACAGGGUGUGUGCCAACCAUGCCCACCUUCACCUCUCUUUAUGUGCAUGAAACACAAAAUAAAAAUUACUGUUACUUUACAUUUCAAAAACUCCA